AGGAACAGGGCUGCUAACUGCAUAUCCCGGUCGAACUCACUCGCGCUGUCUCUCUCGCGUUGAAUUUUUGGCAAUUGUGCUUCGACAAGUGUACACCAGUGAACGAAUGGCCGACAUCCGACGCAGUACACUAUAUAGGGAAUAGGGAGCGAUUUCUAACACCCCGCCCGCAGCUAUGGCAGCGAAAGGAAGUACGUAGGAAUCAGGAAGCAGUCAAUCAGGGAGACAUUUUUAAAAGACCACCAUGAAGAACAACCAAACAGACACCUAAAUAGAAACGCAUGGCUGUAAUACAGUGAAUAUGGAGGUUCCUUCCUACCUGUCCCGGCUCUUGUCGGAGCUGAAUGAACAGCGUAAAAGGGACUUCUUCUGUGACUGCAGCAUCAUAGUAGAGGGACGUGUUUUUAAAGCACAUCGUAAUAUUCUCUUCGCCAGCAGUGGUUAUUUUCGGGGACUGCUGGUGCAUUACCUGCAGGACAAUGGCCAGCGACACAGCACGGCCUCUCUGGACAUCGUCACAGCUGAGGCAUUCUCCUUCAUCCUAGACUUUCUGUAUUCGGGUCGCCUGGACCUGCGCAGCAACAAUGUCAUUGAAAUAAUGUCAGCUGCGAGCUACCUUCAGAUGACUGACGUGGUGAACUUUUGCAAGGGCUACAUCAAAUCCUCCUUGGAGAUCUGUAACAGGGAGAGGGAUAGACCUAAAGACUUGGAUGAUAGUGAAAACCCAGUUUCAGCCACUAGUGCUCCUGUGGCAUCCACUUCCGAUGCCGACCAAAGGACCUGUCAGGUCACCGAGGCCCUCAGCCCUGAUGACGCUCCAACGGCUGCUGUCUGCACGCCAGCGGCCACAAGUAGUAAAGACUUCGAAGGCGAAAACUCCCAAGGAGCUUUUCCCAACCAUCCUCCCAUGAAUGCUCCACUGAAGAUCAGUCCAGGCCCAGAUUUAGUCAACUCAUCCACCCCAGGUUUGCUUCUAGGUUUGGUGCAUCCCAAAAUAGAGUAUGACCCUGAUGAGGAGGGCGAAUCUUCACGGGAAUCCAAAGACACCACUCUUUAUCAAGGGCCAAAUCAGGACGAGGAGAUAACUGUUAACACUAGCCCAGCUCCAAGUACUGAGCACUCCUCCGUAUCAUUUGCUAACUGCCCGAUGAAGCAGUUUCCAGAUGUGCUGUUCAGAGCCGGGAUGAACCCAAACCGCGAUGAACACUUUUCCCAAAGUUUGGGGUACGUUGGUGGAUUCGGCCGUGGCGACGAUGUGCUCGGUCCUGCGGUGCAUUGUGGGAUGGAGAUUCAGAAUGACUGGUAUGGGGAUGAUCCAGGGAGGCUGCACAAAUGUCCGUUCUGCCCAUACACGGCCAAACAGAAGGGCAUUUUGAAGAGGCACAUCCGCUGCCACACAGGAGAAAGGCCGUAUCCUUGUGAGGUCUGCGGCAAACGUUUCACACGACAAGAACAUCUGCGCACUCAUGCCAUUUCCGUCCAUCGCUCCACCUGGCCCAUUGUGUGCAAAGGCUGUCGUCGAGUGUUCUCAGGCAUUGUGUCCCAGGGAAUGAAGCGAUUUGGACUUUGUGAUGGCUGCACCUUUGUUACUACAACCAAUGAGGAUCCCUCCUCCAUGAACCUCAGCAUUCAGUCUGAAUCUAUGGAGAAGGGCACUAGAGACUCUGACUGGCCUGUGUUUAUAGUGGAAGGAGAUGAAGCGGAGGCGAGUGCUAGUACUGCUGGACAAGAUGAUAAACAGAAUGUUGCAAAGCAGCUUGCAGAGAAUGGCACUCUGUUGUAGAUUCAUUUUCACAGUUUCACUUGAAUGCUUACCAAAUGAAACUGGUUACAAACUACCGGUUUAGUCACUUCUUCCUCAUAUCAUUUGUGGUUCGAAAAGAUGGUUAAUUAUUUGGUGCAAUUAAAAGAUUAAUUUGUAUUGGAAAAAUUACACCGCUGGGAAAGCUGUCAAACAUUAUGUUUGGGUUUAGUACAAAUCUGCACUGGCUAAUUAUGGAUUAUGAACAUAUUUUGCUGUAUGACAAUGAGGCCACAACAGAUUUCAAUGUGUUGUGGCAGUUGUGUGAAUAAAUAUUUUUAUGCUUUUAAGUGAACAGCCUUAAACACUUUCAGGGACCUGAGUGGUCUUGUCAAAUUAUUUGUUCUUUAUUAUUUGUU